AUGUAUCAUUACACCAGUCCACCACCCGGGUGGUCUUCCUACGACUACACCCAGUCGCCACCCACCUCGCCUCACUACGCCUACUACGCCUCUCAAUACGCCAACACAUACACAUCGCCUCGCGGCACGGGUACGGGCACGGGCACGGGCACGGGCACGGGCACGCGACGACACACUCGCAAAGCCAGCUAUACGGCCACCAAAGACUCCAGCUAUUACUCGGGUUACCCGCAGCCUUUCUACGAGGCGACGCCUGAAUAUGGCAUGCCGCGCAAGCACGAUCAUGUAAGUGCUUCUUUCGCGGGCUCGCCCAAACACCGUCGCACCCAUACGACUGGUCAUCCUGCGGGGGAUGGCCUCGGCCCCGGUACCGGCACCGGAUUCCACUCGCAAUGGCAGCAGCAGCCCAUCUUUGGUGUGGUUGACGAUGCAUUCGAUGUUCCGCGCUACGCUUCGCGCGAGCAGCCCAGACGCCCAGGCCGUCCCCCGGCCACGACUCCCAAACGAGAUGGCCCUCAAGGCCAUCGUCGCACCGCUUCGACUUCUCAUCGCAAAUCAAAUCCACCCGCUGAUUCUCACUUUUACUUCAAUCAGGUUCCUAACUCCGAGGACAUCGAAUCAGCCCGUCGUCAACAUACUCGUCGCCAGUCCACUUCCACCCGCACUCCCAAGCCCAAACCACCUCCUGCCUCAAAACCGCCACCCGUCGCUACCGAGGAGGACGCCGAGCGCGCCGGUAUCCCACCCGGCUACUCGAUCAAGAACUGGGACCCAACCGAGGCCCCCAUUAUUCUCCUCGGUAGUGUAUUCGACGCCAACUCUCUCGGCAAGUGGAUCUACGACUGGACCGUUUUCCACCAUGGCGCGUCAACCCCCAUGGCCGACGUGGCAGGUGACCUUUGGCUUCUCCUGAUCAAACUUGCGGGCAAAGUCAAGCGAGCCGACGAAUGCCUCCCCCGCAUCCAGCGGCAAGAUGCAGCAGAGGUGGUUGAAGACUUUUUAGAAAGCGGUGAUCGACUCUGGAACCGGUUCAAGAAGCUUCUGAAAGCAUGUGAGAUGUUCAUGUGGAAGGCCGCCAAGCGAGAAGGUGGCAAGGGCCCAGUCUCUAUGGGCCGCAACGCGGGUUGUGAAUUUGUCGACUCAAUCUUCGGUCGUGACCGGGAGCUUGAAAACACCGAAAAGUUGAUGAACAGUAUUCGGCUGUGGAAUAUGCGAUUCGACGCCAAUUGCGAAGACAUCCUUCGCCGACCGUCUGCUAAAUAG